UCUUGCAGGCGGCUGCCGCCACACGGCUGAGCGGGCCCCCGGGUACCUGCGGCGGGCCGGGCGCGGGGCCGCGGCUCGAUUGCUCACGGCUGGUGUCAUAUGACACGUUAAAGAUGGCUGAAGCGGGGAGUUGCACCGCAUCUGCGGCGGAGGGAAAGGAAGACUUCGAGAUUAUUGACAAAACGCAGGUCCCCAACGCGGCCGAGCUGAAAAACCAGGAACAAGGGAGAACGGAAGAAGCGAGGUGGUCUGCGCCCAUCUUGUCGCUGGCCAAGAAAGCCUCGGAAAACUUAGCGCUGAGCUAUGGCCACGCUCUGAAGUCUGCAUCUUUGGUAGGAUUCAUGUCCAAACCAGUCAGCAAUGACAGCACAGCAAAAACAACCGUGUCCCCCCACACAGGUGCACGGUGUCACGCCAUGGAGGAGCGCGCCAACCUCAUGAACAUGAUGAAGCUCAGCAUCAAAACCCUGAUCCAGUCGGCCCUGAGCCUGGGCCGGACGCUGGACUCGGACUUCCCGCCCUUGCAGCAGUUCUUCGUGGUGCUGGAGCACUGCCUCAAGCAUGGGCUGAAAGUGAAGAAGACUUUUAUUGGACAGAACAAAUCGUUUUUCGGUCCUUUGGAGCUAGUGGAAAAACUUUGUCCUGAAGCAUCAGAUAUAGCAACUAGUGUUAAAAAUCUGCCAGAGUUGAAGACUGCUGUGGGAAGAGGAAGAGCUUGGCUUUAUCUAGCACUCAUGCAAAAGAAGCUGGCAGAUUAUCUCAAAGUACUCUUGGACCAUAAGCAUCUCUUAAGUGAAUUUUAUGAACCUGAUGCAUUGAUGAUGGAGGAGGAAGGAGCAGUCAUUGUGGGUCUGCUGGUUGGACUGAAUGUUAUCGAUGCAAACCUUUGUUUGAAAGGAGAAGACCUGGAUUCUCAGGUUGGAGUGAUUGAUUUUUCCUUGUACCUUAAGGAAACACAGGACAGCGAUGGCAAACAAGAUGGAGGGAUUACAGCUGUGCUUGACCAGAAGCAUUAUGUGGAAGAACUGAACCGGCAUCUAAGUUGCACAGUUGCAGAUCUUCAGAACAAAAUAGACUGCUUAGAAAAGACCAAUUCAAAACUCCAGGAAGAGCUCGCAGCAGCCACUGACCGAAUCGGAUCCCUUCAGGAAGAGCAGCAGCAGCUAAAACAACAGAAUGAAUUGAUUCGUGAACGGAGUGAAAAAAGCGUAGAGGUAACAAAAGAGGAUACAAAAGUAGAGUUGGAUACUUACAAACAGUCACGCCAGGGCCUUGAUGAAAUGUACAGUGAUGUUUGGAAGCAGUUGAAAGAAGAAAAAAAAAUCAGGCUGGAACUAGAGAAAGAGUUGGAGCUACAAAUUGGGAUGAAAACAGAAAUGGAGAUUGCCAUGAAACUUCUGGAAAAAGAUACUCAUGAAAAACAAGACACUUUAGUUGCACUUCGGCAACAGUUAGAAGAAGUGAAGGCUAUAAACCUGCAGAUGUUCCACAAAUCUCAGAAUGCAGAGUGCUCAUUACAGCAGAAAACAGAAGCAAUAUCCUCCUUUGAAGGAAAAACAAACGAGAUGAUGUCCUCAAUGAAACAAAUGGAAGAGAGAUUGCAACAUGCAGAAAAGGCAAGGCAGGCUGCAGAAGAAAGAUGCAACAAGAUGAAGCAAGAGCUCGCUGGGAGGCUUGAUUCCUGCCGGCAGCAGAUGUCCCAGCUGGACAGCAAAUGCUCAACUCUGGAAAAGGAAUUAAAAUCUGAAAAAGAACAGAGACAGACUUUGCAAAGAGAACUACACCAGGAGAAGGAUGCUACCACCCUGCUUAAAACAGAACUGCAACAGAUGGAAGGACUGAAAAAGGAACUGAGAAAACUGCAAGAUGAGAAGCAGCAGUUAGAGAAGGUCUGUGAGGAGCAGGAGCAGGCUCUGCAAGAAAUGGGACUUCAUCUCAGCCAAUCAAAGCUGAAGAUGGAAGAUAUUAAAGAAGUAAAUAAAGCACUAAAGGGUCAUACCUGGCUGAAGGAUGACGAAGCCACACACUGCAAGCAAUGUGACAAGGAGUUCUCCAUCUCCAGAAGGAAGCACCACUGCAGGAACUGCGGGGACAUCUUCUGCAACACUUGUUCCAGUAACGAACUGGCGCUGCCGUCGUACCCGAAACCCGUCCGUGUCUGUGACACUUGUCACACGUUACUGCUGCAGCGGUGCUCCUCUAACUCCUCCUAAGGCUGCCGGAUCCUUGCCCUUUACCACGGAAAGUAGCCAUUAUUUUUGUAACUGAAUUGCAGGCAUCGCCUGUGCAGCAGGCUGCUGCUCUAUAGUGUUCUCCACUGUACCACGGCAGUGUGGACCAACUUGGAGGGAUGAUGCAAACUCAUGUUUCUCCAACUGGAAUAAUUAAGGAAACUCUAUUAAUUGUAACUUCCCUUAAAGUUCUAUUUGAAACUAAAACUUCACUUUUCUGAUUUUUAUAGAUAUUUGUAUUAAAAUUUGUAUAUGGCCUUUCUACGUCCGAUUGAUCCCACAGACGUCACUGUCGCUCUGCACAUUAACUUCAGUUCCUCCCUAAGCUGCUGUAGGUGCUCCUGUUCCUCCACGGGCUGGUGCACGGGGCCCGUGUCUGCUCCCAGUGCAGGGAGGAAAAGUCAAUUUAUGGGUUGUCUCUAGAAAGAGCUUUAUGGUGAGUGUCAAUGAAGGUGCCUUCUGGUCACUGCAGUCAGAAACUACGCAUUGUACUUGUCCUGAGUCACUGUUACACAAUAAAGCCUUUUGCAAGAACAAAAA